UCAUUCAAAAUAUCCAAACAUGCAAAUACACUUCAUCAGUCUCAAAUCUCAAUCAUUCUGCCCUAUCCUCUUCUUUCAUCGAGUGAGCUUCCGUCAACAAACCAGAAAGGGUAGACAACAAUGGAGGUCACCAAUAAAUAUGUAACAGUGAAGACCCACAUCGAUGGAUCAUCACCUCAGGAAUCCGACUUUGAGCUCAAGACUGCGGCUUUAAAUCUAUCUGUGGAGCCGGGUUCGAAAGAUGUGAUAGUGAAAAAUCUCUAUGUUUCCAUCGAUCCGUACCAGAUCAAUCGAAUGAAGAGAGUUUGCUCUUCGCAGAAACUUGUUAGUACUGCAGAUGGCAUAACUCCUGGCCAGGCCAUUAGUGCUCAUGGUCUUGGGAGAGUUGUGGCUUCUGGAAACCCUGAGUUUGAGAAGGAUGAUUUAGUUGUGGGGCUUAUCAAUUGGGAAGAGUAUACCAUCGUCAAAGGAGGUAACAUCUUGAGGAAGUUGGAUCCCAUGGGAUUUCCUCUCUCUUACCACCUUGGAGUUCUCGGACUUAGUGGGCUAACAGCGUAUGCCGGUUUCGUCGAAGUAUGUAAACCUAAGAAGGGGGAGAAAGUGUUUGUAUCAGCUGCUUGUGGAUCAGUUGGAAAUUUGGUGGGACAAUAUGCCAAGCUCUUCGGCUGUCAUGUUGUGGGCUGUGCUGGAACAAAACAAAAGGUUGAGUUGCUAAAAGGGAAGCUUGGUUUUGAUGACGCAUUCAACUACAAGGAGGAAACCGAUCUAAAGUCUACUCUCAAAAGAUACUUCCCUGAUGGGAUGGAUAUAUAUUUUGAUAACGUGGGAGGCAAGAUGUUGGAAGCAUCGGUGGCUAACAUGAAUCCCUUUGGUAGAAUUGCUGUUUGUGGAAUAAUCUCGGAAUAUACAGGGAUUGGAGAGCGAGCUGCACCAGAUAUGAUUGAUAUUGUGUACAAGAGACUCAAGAUCCAAGGGUUCUUGGUGAUUGAUUACUUGAAGGGGAUGGAUGAUUUCAUUUCAACAAUGUCGAACCACCUCAGCACUGGCAAAAUUCAUGUACUUGAAGAUAUAUCCCAGGGUGUGGAGAGUAUUUCAUCUGCUUUCGUAGGACUCUUUCAGGGAGAUAAUGUUGGGAAAAGGUGGUGAAAGUUGCUGAUGAAUAAAUGCCGACAGAAGACUAUUGGAUUUUGCUUAAAAAAGGUAGAAAAGUUAAGACAA